UGUAGUUAGAACCGUCACACACGGUCACAUAUUGCAACUGUCGCUUCAGCAGAAAUGCAAAAUUGUGACGAUGUUAUUACAAGAAUUCUCAGUUUUGGAGAAACAACCAACAUUAUUGUCAUCGCAACUUUUUUACAGAAACAGUGUUGCAGAUCUGACUUUGAACCGCGUUAUGUUAUUUUGGAAGAGGGUUGAUAUGAGCAGAAGACACGCUCGGAGCUUUCUCUGCGUUUCUAAAGAUGCAAAAAACACAUUUUUGCUGUUGAAUGAUAUAAUAGUUGCCAGAGAAACCGAGGAAGGAGGCCAAAAGAACAAACAGGGUGGAAAGAAGGAGAAAGUACCAUUGCAUUCAUAUGGAUUCACAGUAUCAUAUGCUGACAGAACCAAACACCACCGCUGGAGGUGUAAAGCCUUGAUGUUCCAUUGCAAAGACAAAUCACAGUGUCAACAGUGGGUCCAGACCAUCAAUGACCAGCUAUCCCUGCUUUGCAGCCGACCGAAGCGCCUGCUAGUCUACAUCAAUCCCUACAGCGGGAAACGACUUGGGAAAAGGAUUUACGAGCAGAGAGUAGCCCCGCUCUUCGCUCAAGCUUCCAUCUCCACGGACGUGAUCGUCACCAAGCAUGCCAAUCAUGCCAGGGAUCACUUGGAGACGGAGGCAGAUGUGGAGCAAUAUGACGGGGUGGUGUGUGUCGGAGGGGACGGGAUGUUCAGUGAGAUCAUCCACAGCCUGCUCUACAGGACCCAAAGGGUCUCCGGAGUGGACCACCACCAAUAUGACCAAGAUCUGGUUCCGUGUGAUCUCCGCGUUGGAAUCAUCCCUGCAGGUUCGACUGAUUGUAUCUGCUAUGCUACAACUGGCACCAAUGAUCCAGUUACUUCAGCCCUGCACAUUGUCCUAGGUGAUUCCCAGCCCAUCGACGUGUCGUCUGUCCAUCACAACAACACGUUUCUUAGGUACUCCACUUCGUUGCUCGGAUACGGUUUCUACGGAGACAUGCUGAUGGACAGCGAGAGGAAGCGCUGGAUGGGGCCUGCCAGGUACGACCUCUCAGGUGUGAAGAUGUUCCUGAACCAUCAUUAUUACAAGGGUACCGUCUCUUUCCUGCCUGCUGAAGGAAACCUGGAGUUCCCUAAAGACAAGAUGGGUUGCAGAAGCCCAUGCCAUAUCUGUAAAACGAGUGUCAACAGGCUGAGCCUCUCAGGGGAUCAGGUCUGCGAGAUGGCUAAGGAGAAGUCUGACAGGGAGAUGAGCGAUGACGGAGCUUGGCAUGUCAUCCGGGGAACUUUCCUAGCCAUCAACGCCGUCUGUAUAAGCUGUGCCUGUCCUCGAAGCCCUGGAGGCCUGUCCCCUUCUGCCCACCUGGCCGAUGGAACCAUGGACCUCAUCCUGGUGCACAGGGCCUCCCGCCUCGACUUCCUGAGACAUCUCAUCCGACACACCAACAAGGACGACCAGUUCAAUCUGUCCUUUGUGGAAGUGCACCGCGUUAGGCAGUUUCGGUUCGCUCCCGAGCAGAGCGACGUGACCUCUGAGGCUGAGCUAAGCGAGUGCAGCAGGAAGAUCGGUACCGCCCAGGUCGGUUCCGCCCCCACUGGCCCCGGCACAAGUCAUAGCAGUUGGAGCUGUGAUGGAGAGAUUCUGCCUCAAGCAGCGAUACAAGUCAGUGUUCACUGCCAGCUGGUUAAACUGUUUGCCCGAGGCAUUGAGUGGGGGUCCAGCUCGACCCAUUCACAUUGUCUAUAAUAGAAGAAGUUGAAGGCGAUUGGACAGAAUUAUGUUUCAGAAGGAACAUCUACCCCCGGAACUUUCUUUGACUUUCUGAUUAAGUUAUGGAAGACUUCACUUUACGAGAUUAUGGAGACCCAUAACCAGAAUAAGAUAAAAGGAAAGACUGGAGAUUUUCUAGCAGACAUGGAUGGUAGCUCUUUCCUCGCCACAGAAAUGUUCAGUGAAACUUGUUCAGUGAAAUGUGACUGGUGUUGUUUGGAAGACGUGGGACUCCGCAUGCUGGACCGAGACUCGGGGGUCAGAGAUCGCGACGUGAUUUUGCUUUCCCAGGAAUGAUGGCACCUGUGGCACAAAGCGGAUGCCGAAAACAGCCAGAGUCCAAGCCAAUGAAGAUUUAUGCCUCAUUUAAGUAGCUUGGCAAAUGUUACCAUCACGACGGCGCCACAAACUAUUUACGGUCCUCAGUAUUUAUACAACCAGUUGUAUGUAAGACCCAACACAUUACCGUGCUGUCCAAGCACAAUAAGGGUAACAUACAGAUCACGUAAUCAGACAAAUGACUACAGUAGCUUUCAUAGUUUCAAUUACAUUAAUGGUACAAAUUUGAUUAUCUCAUUGUGUUGGUGUGACGUCUCAGAAUAACUGAUCAUUUCUGGUAGGCUCUUAUUAGAAUGUAACAGUGGGUAAGAUUUGUUCUGUAGGGCCCCUCAAUAGCAGGUCCAACUGGUUUUGUUUUCACAUUAAGUCUUCAUCACUGCAGUGCAGUCUGUUAGUGUGAGAAGAUUUAAUGAAAACUCAAAUUAAUGAUGUUUUCAAGAAGUGUUUUAGAUGGAUUGGGGUUGUACUAAGAGUUGUCAAAAUAUAUUACAUAACUGCAAAAAAUUGUACCAGCAGGAUAUAAAAAAAAAAAAACAGCGAUAUGCAUUGUUGACAGAUGCAUACAGAAUGUAUUCUACUGUUGAUCGUAAUUCUGCCACAUUCUCGUCACUUUCCAGAAUUUUCUUUUUGUAGACAGACCUGUGUGGGUGUGUGUGUUGUGUGUGUUAUGUCUUUGUGAGCGUGCCAUCAUCAUGAGUUAUCUUUAUUACAGUUUCACACCAGACUGCGAUCCGACAGAUGCGGCUUCCUGCAGCCAAAUCCUCUGCCAACUCCAGAACAUACACACCUACCUAUCAUUCGUCACUCCGGAACCACACACUGAUCUAAACUCUCAGUACUGGCCCAUUACGGAUUGUUGUGAAUGGCCAUUAUUAUAUUCCAACCCUGAGCUGUGAGAGUAUUACAUUAUAAUGCCCUGUCCUGUGGGUGUCCUAGGGGUUUUUAGCUGUGUUAUACAUUAUCUGUGUUAGACCCACAGGUCAGCUGCCUAGGGAAACAUUUUGACCAUAACACAAAUAGGAAGUAUGUCUGCUGCAAGCUUUAUAAUGGCUGCAUUGAGUCAUCCUUUCAUCUUGAAGGGCUAAAGAUCACGUGGCUAACGAACAAACCUGUGGUAUGAAUUAUGAUUUGGACUGUGAAGAUGUACGUCUGUUUAAAUUUGGCUUCAUAAAGGACUUUAAAAACAAUACUAUAGCAUUUGCUAGCUAAUAAAAAAAAACUAAAAAACAUUUGAAGUAUAGUAGGAAAAUUUGAAGAUUGACUGGUGCCAAGUGCAGACAGUUGCCAAUAGACCUUUGGGGUCUGUAAUGAAGCGGAGGUUAACUGUUCAAGUCUGUUCAUCAAUUGUGUGUUCUUUCUCUGCCCCUUAUUCCUUUAACAGGGUAAACACAUCAGCCACACUUAAAACUUGCCCAGGAUUCAGCCAUGGCCGUUGGCUUGCAUUCCUGUCCUCUCUUGGCAAGGUUCACAGGAUAACAUUAUAAAUAUACUACAUGAAA